AUGGGCCUCAAGACACUCCUGAUCGCAGCUGCGGCUGCCAGCGUUGCCAUUGCCGCAUCAGUUGAAGAACAACUCGCCAAGAGAGGCAACCUGCCCACUCCAGUCUCCGCUUCGACUGCACGGACGUACCUCAACUCGAUCACGGUCCAGGCAGAGUCGAACAGCCCCGCCUACGACCGCGACCUCUUCAACCACUGGAUCACUAUCAGCGGCGCCUGUAACACCCGCGAGACUGUUCUCAAGCGCGACGGCAGCAACGUCCAGACCGACAGCGCUUGCGCUUCGACCUCCGGCUCUUGGUACAGCGAUUACGAUGGCGCCACCUGGACUGCUGCCUCCGACGUCGACAUCGACCAUAUUGUGCCUUUGAAGGAAGCUUGGGUUUCUGGUGCACGGAACUGGGAUAAUGCUCGUCGUCAGCAGUUUGCUAAUGACCUCACCCGUCCACAACUCCUGGCUGUCACCGAUAAUGUCAACCAAGCGAAGGGCGACAUGGACCCUGCAGAGUGGCUUCCUUCGCGUACUGCUUACCAUUGCACUUACAUCCGUGCUUGGGUGCAGGUCAAGUACUACUACGGCCUCACCAUGGACUCGGCGGAGAAGUCGGCUUGUCAGAGUAUUCUUAAUGGAUGCUAG